CCUAUACUAUCUUUUCCAUCAACGAGUUCAUCAUCUCCUUACAUACAUACAAGUGCAAGUUUCAAUCACUUCAAGCUCCAAAAUGGCUGGACUCGUCAAGCUUGGUUUGUGGGGUGGAGACGGGGGAAGUCCUCGUGAUAUUGAUGGUUACCCUACACGCCUGUCGAAGAUUGUAGUUCGUAGCGGUCAGGCGAUCGAUUCGCUAUAUUUUGAGUACGUCCAAGAUGGGAAGACAUUUGAGGCUGGCCCAUGGGGUGGUUCUGGAGGAAGGCCCAAUGAGAUCACAUUUGAACCUGGCGAGUACCUGACGGCGAUAAACGGCACCACCAGUCAAUUCAGUGACGUCACCAAUUUGCUGAGGUCGCUAACUUUCGUCUCCAAUGUUCGCAAGUACGGGCCGUUCGGACCGGAGCAAGGAACUCCUUUCUCAGUUCCCAUAGCGAAUGGUCGGGUAGUUGGCUUCUACGGGCGUUCCGGCACACUUGUUGAUGCGAUAGGGAUUUAUCUGAUGCCCAACUAAUGCCGAUAUCUCAUGCUCAUCGUCUUCCUGAAGGACUAGGUGUUUCGAUCAAUGUAAUAAAGUCGCAGAUAGAAUGACCUCGUGCAUUGUUAUAAUUGCGCAAAAUUUCGAGAAAAUAAAAUUCGGUGGGCUACUUAGUUUUUGAAAGAAAGAUGUGUUUGUCGGAA